UGAGUCCAGGUGGUGAUCGGGGCUGGCUUGGUGGUGGUGAAGAGAGACAGGAGGUGGGGCACAAUGGGGUUGGUUUUAGAUGGUCUCUUUGAGGUGAGACUCGGAUCAAGCUGUGAUGCUGGGUGCUGGGGGCUUCUCCUGACCACCUGCCUGCUGGGGUGGGGAGAGUGCUCCUGCCAGGCUGUACUAGCCUGUAGGCUGUUCUCUGUGCACUGUCUUUUCUUAGUGACCUUCAAAUUGUCCAGUAGCAUACCGUGAAAGAAUGAGACCGAAGAAUUUGUGAACAAAUUUUUACAAUUGGAGAUAAUUUCUUUUGUUUUUAUUUUACAGUGUUUGUAUGUACUGAUAUUGCCUGCUUUCUUGUAGAUAUAAGUCCAAAAUACAGUGAAUAUGUACUCAGUGUUACAGCAUCCAGCAUCCGUUGGUCAAAUGUUUUUGUUUUUGGUAUACGGAAGCAAUGAGGGGCUGGACAAUUAGCCCAGUUGGUUAGAGCUCAGUGUGAUAACACCAAGGUCAAGGGUUCAGAUCCCUGUAAAGACCAGCCUCUAAAAAGACAAAACAAAACAAAAGCAGCAGCAGCAAUGAGAAGACGUCUUUCUUCAGCUAAGUGGUGUCAACAUUUCAGCAUGGCUAUCUCCCAGUGUUCCUGAAGUCAUUUUUGAAAUAUCCCAAGUAAUCCUCUUUGCUUGGGCAGUACCCCUCUGGCUACCUCUGACUAUAAGUUGUUAAACUAUCAAAGUCUACAUCUUACUCCAAUUCUGAAGUCAGUUACAUGUUUACAUGGUUGCUGCCAGAUGGUUGAAUGAAUAAAUGAUGAACAAGUGCUAGAAAUUGAGAGUGAUGAGCUGAUCACUGUCAGGCUUAUAUAAUGGAACACGUUAUGUAGUAAUACAGUGUCAAUGUGUUUGUCUUUCUAGUCGGAUGGCCUGGCCUGUAACAGUUUUCUGGGCUACUCCAGUGGGUUAGUUAUGGUAUGUUCCUGCUAGAUUAAAAUUUAAAGAACCCUCAUAUUUUCAAAAACACACUUUUACUGUUUAGGAUUAGAUCUCGAGGUGGGAUGUGGUGAUUUUUGUGGAAACACUCAUUCAUGUGUGAAAAUUGGAUAGCAUUUUCCCACAGGUAUGCAGCGGCCGUGCCCUGGCUGAGUGACAUUUCCACUGCAAUGGCCAGUGGGAACUGGGAAGAAGCUAAGGAGCUCUCUCAAUGUGCAAAAAGGGACUGGAACAAACUGAAAAACCACCCUUCUCCAAGAUACCACGAGCAAUUACCACUGUUUCUGCGGAGUUUCACUGUUGGGUGGAUUUAUACAACGAUUCUGUCUUGGAAUGUUGAAAUAUCACAGAGACUUCACCUGCUUGAGAUUAGAGAAGCCAUCAAGGAACUGGAAAGCCUUUUGUCUCAGAGAAUUUAUUGUCCUGACAACAGAAUCCGACGGUGGGAUCGACUGGCUCUUAACUUACACCAGCACUUGAAGCGCCUGGAACUGGCUAUUAAGUGCAUCAUGGAAGGGCUGGCGGAUCCAGAUGUGAGAACAGGGCACCGUCUUUCACUUUAUCAGAGAGCUGUGCGCCUGCGAGAGUCUCCAAGCUGUAAAAGGUACACGCAUCUCCUCCAUCGGCUACCAGAAAUGAGCGUGGGAGACGUGAGGCACGUGACCAUCACGGGCAGGCUGUGCCCGCAGCAUGGGAUGGGCAAGUCUGUGUUUGUGAUGGAGGCCAGGGAGGCUGCCACCCCCACCACGGUCCUGUGCUCUGUGGAGGAGCUGGCGCUGGCCUAUUACAGACACAGUGGCUUUGACCAUGGGAUUCACGGGGAAGGGUCCACCUUCAGCACCCUGUGUGGCCUCCUCUUGUGGGAUGUAAUCUUCAUGGAUGGGAUACCUGACGUCUUCAGAAACGCCUACCAGGCCUUCCCACUGGACUUGUACACAGACAGCUUCUUCACAAGCAGGGAGCCAGCCCUUGAGGCCAGGCUGCAGCUGAUUCACAGUGCCCCUGCCAAGAGCCUGCGAGCCUGGGUGGCAGCUGCAUGGCAGGCCCAGGAGGGCAGAGUGGCUUCCCUUGUCAACUGGGAUCGCUUCUCUUCUCUUCAACAAGCUCAGGAUCUUGUCUCCUGCUUGGGAGGCCCUGUCCUCAGUGGUGUGUGCAGGCGCCUGGCUGCUGACUUUCGACACUGCCGAGGGGGCCUCCCUGACCUGGUGGUGUGGAAUUCCCAGAGUCAUCGCUUUAAGCUGGUAGAAGUUAAAGGCCCCAGUGAUCGUCUUUCACAGAAGCAAAUGAUCUGGUUGGAUGAACUGCAGAAGCUGGGGGCUGAAGUAGAAGUCUGCCACGUGGUUGCAGCUGGAGCUAAAGGCAAAGGCCUUGGCUAAGAUGGUCAUAUGUUGAUGUAAGGUUUUUAAAAGUGUAGAACAUCACUACAUUUUAUUUAAUUCUGAUUUUGUUAUUGUCAAUUAUAAAACUGACAGUUUAAUGACUCA